AUGGCGCCUCCGUCCGACACCCGUCCGAUCGUCAUCUCCGGCCCGUCAGGAGUCGGCAAAGGCACUCUCUACAACCUGCUCUUCCAGCGCCAUCCCGAUACCUUCUGCUCCUCCGUCUCCCACACCACCCGUGGCCCUCGUGCCGGCGAGAACGACGGCGAGCACUACCACUUCACCACCAUGGAGGCCUUUGAGGAGCUCAUCGCCAAGGACGCUUUCGUCGAGCAUGCAAAGUUCGGCGGCAACCGCUACGGCACCAGCAAGCAGACCGUCGCGGACCAGUCCGCCAAGGGCCGUGUCGUCGUCCUCGACAUUGAGAUGGAGGGCGUCAAGCAGAUCCAGGAGCAGCGCGCCCGCGGUAGCAGCCUGGACGCCCGCUACGUCUUUAUUGCCCCGCCGUCCGUUGAGGUCCUGGAGCAGCGCCUGCGCGGCCGCGGCACCGAGACCGAGGAGAACGUGCAGAAGCGCCUGAAGCAGGCACUGGUCGAGCUGGAGUACAGCAAGACGCCCGGCGUCCAUGACAAGAUCAUUGUCAACGACGACUUGGAGAAGGCCUACAAGGAGCUGGAGGACUUUGUCUAUCAGAAGAAGCAGUAA